AUGGAAGCCCAAAAUAAAGAGCUGGAAGACAGACAACAGCGCCAGCCGGACAUAAAAAUUAUUAAUGAGGGCUGGGGAAUCAAGUUUGCUCAGACCCGAGAGCAGAUUGUGCACCUCAUUAAAGAAAACAAGCAAAAGAGUGCAGAACUAAAACAAAUGACCAACCAGCUCCAAGACAAGAAAACGAUGACUGAUAAGAUACAAUGGGAUCUCCAAUACAUGGACCGAAGGAAUCAGCUCCUCCAAAGACAGCUCCAUGAAGCUGUGGAAGAAAAGAAAGAAAUCCUCCAACAGAAGGAAGAGCAUGACAAAAAGCAAAGAGACAUGCAGCACGAACUGAAGAGCAUGCAGGAAAAAUACCCAAUGCUGAAAGAAAGCCUGGAUGAAACACUGCGCCAAAAUAAAGACCUUCUUCAACAGAAAGAGCAACAACAAGAAAGACUGAAAGAAGGAAAACAUAUUGUCCAGUACUUUGAGUCUAAAAAUCUAAAACUGCAAGAGUUUUGUAAUCAGCUGGAGGACAAAGCAACUAAAGUGGAAGAAGAAAAGGACAAGCUGGAGAAACGCUGCUCACAGAUGCUCACAGGGAUUUUGGUGGAAUUCAAUAACUUGAAGCAUGAAAACACUCAAAUUCAGGCACAAAAACAACAACAAGACAAAAUACGUGAAGACUUGCAGCUCACGCUCCAAGAAAUCCAGAAAAGAAACGAGCAGUUAGAAGACAAGCACAAAGAGGUCCAACAGAGAAAUGCAGACAUGCACAAGGACAAGCUGAUACAGGAGGCAACAUCCAAACAACUCAAAGACAAGCUUGAAGAACAACAAGCAACCUUAGAAGAGGAACAAAGAUGUGAGAAACUUGAAAAGCAAAACACAGAAACAAUCGAUGAGUUGAGAAAUCUCAUCCUGGAGAAAAAAGCGCUCGUGGAAAAGCAGUUUUUCCUCCCUACUGUCACCUAG